UUUCUAAUCAAUGCUGGUAAACAUAGUUUUAUUUUGGCAUAGCCUAGCAACUACUUUGGGUGUUGUUAUAAAUGCAGAGGCUAUUGGUCACACUAUGAAUCAAGCUCUUGAUCAUUUUAUUCGAGCUGGUCAGAAAACUAUUGACAGAUUUAACAAUAAAAAAUGUCGGUGAAAUAUAUCGUAUUUCUAGCUGGAGUCAUUUUUGCAUUUUAUAUAAACCAAGCAUCUUGUGCAGAAGUUGACGUUAGAGCUGCAGCCGAUAUCAUGCAGACCAAUUGUACUGCUGCCGACGGCAUCACACCACCUGUGUGCGAUACUCUUAAGACAGAUUUAUCUGAAGCCACGGACGAUACAACGUGCGACGCUUACAAAACUUUUGGAGAGUGUCUAAUAGCAAACUGUACCAUGACGGAGGCGCUGUGGACAGUGUUAGUAGACUCUCGAGGACCUUGUGCUGAACUAUCAACAACGGCCAGCACCACCACAAUAACUACGCCAAUCACCACAACGCCAACCACAACUACAACAACCACAGCGGCACCCACAACUACGACAGCCACCACAACGAAACCCACAUCAACGACAACAGCUACUACAACUACAACAACGAAACCAACAACUACGACUGCAACCACAACUACACAAGAUCCUCUAGAGGUGAUCCGUAACUACGUAUCGACUGCUGUGAUACCCAACUGCACACUUAAAGUUGAAACGUCUGACUGCACGACAGAGGCAGACACUGUAAAAGCUGGUACCAGUACGGUUAUGGCCUGCAAUGCAACCGAACCGCUCUUCAAGUGCCUAAGCAAAAAAUGUAAUGAAUCAGCUGAUCUGAAUACAGCCGUUGCCAAAAUCAAAGAGCUGUGCGGUGCAGCCAACAUGCUGAAAGUAAAGAAAAUAUUGAUUGUUAUAGCUUGUACUAUGGUUUUCCGAAUAAAAAGUAAUUAAAACUAGAAGUGAAAAUGCUAAUAAAAUAAGAAUUUGUUAGCUAUCCACUAAAACAUUUUAUUUUCGCUUAUUUUGUUUUUCUCAAUGAACAAAAAAAUGUAUUUUAACAACUGUAAGCAGUGUACACUUUUUAAUAAUACUAAUAGUUUCGCUGUCUGUGUAUGUAUCUGUGUAUCUAUCUAUCAGUGUGACAAGAACGCUAUGGCGAAAAAAUUAGCAAUAUAAAAACUUUCACAGUAAAACGAAAACGAAACAUGACGUCACAUGGAGCAUAUAUUAGAAAAAAGCCUAAAGCCGGGAGAGUAAUAUGACGUCAUUGAUUCUCGAGUAAACAUCCAAAAGCCAAUGUUGUCUAAUCUAAAAUGUGGUUUGCGUAAAGAGUUUCUUUCAUACAAUUUUUCGGAUAGGGGCGAAGCCCCACCCUCGCGUAAGAAUGUCUAAGCCGCCCUCCCCCCACCCCCCAAAUUAAAAGAAAUGUCGUCAUCGAUACUCUAUAAUAAAAUUUCCGCCUAAUUCAUGUCUAAUCUAAAAAGUGGUUUGCUUGCAGUGUUUCUUUCAUGCAACUCUUCGGGUAGGGGCGAAGCAAAUUUAACCACCCCCUCCCCCCGGUAGAACGUCUAAUCCCUCCCCCUAAAGAAACGAAAUAUAAUUUAUAUAGAAAAUAUAUUUUACUUUUACCAGUGUCGGGCUCCCCCGCCCCGGAUAAUUUUAUUUGCCUCUGCAAAAAUUCAAGUGCCCCACCCCCAGAAAAAUAUAUGAAAGAAACACUGUCUGGGAGAGUGAAGUUUAUCGGCCAAAAGUUGGAAACGAGGUCCAAAUUAUAGAAGUAGACUCUUCCUUUAGCCUGUAUGAUCA